GAAGCUGCUGUUAGGUUAUACCUGUGAUUGCGGGGUUGCCGAGCGUUCGGGAGACGCAGAGGGGUGAAUUUAGGUGUCCGAUGGUUGCAUCUGGAGGGAUGUGUAAGACUCUUUGGCUGAAGAAAGCUAUUAAGCUUCUUAUAUGGGUGAUUUUAAAAAAAAGCAUUUCAGUUUUACGUGCUUGACUCCUGCUUCUCAACAGAUCUCAACCCCGCCUCCACAUCUGUUUGGUUUUGCACUGCCAGCUCUUGGCUUUGGGGGUGCUCUGUGUUGUUAAGGUUAUUAUUGCUCAUGCGGCCAUUCUUUUGUCAUCCCCAUUCUCAGAUUCAUUGGCGUGUGCGUUAAUGGACUGAGUGGGAUUAAUGGGUAAAUAUGAUGUUCAAGUUGUCUCUAAUUUUGGAUUAAAUACCAAAUUGAAAUUUCUAGCUUUGUGGAUAGUCAGUUUAGACAUCGUUUUAUUUAAAGGUUGUUGACUGUAUGUUUUAAAAUCACUUGAAAUUCACAUUUUCUUUAUCAUACUCCUCCCUCGUUCUUUCUCCCUCAAGUCCUCAAAGCGGUGAAAAUUUUGUUCUGAAGUUUAAUGGACCCAGAAGAAAUUCUUCUAUUCAGAACUGUGGGACUAAUUUUGUUACCAAUAGUAUGAAAGGCUCUGAGGUUAGCCCGGAAAAGAAAAAAAGGGUUAAAAUACCAGCGAGGAGACUUCGUGAGGUAGUUUCUCCAAAUCAGGGAGGUAAUUUGGCUUUGCUGAAAGAUGAGUUGCCCUGUGUUCCUCCAGCGUUGCCUGCAAAUAAACGUCUUCCUGUUAGAACCGAGGCUAGCUUGAAUGGAACGUUACGUGGUUCAUCAGACUUGACUUCUGCUAGAAACUAUCGGCAGCUUCCACUGGAAAAUUCUAUUGUGUCAGAAAGUGAUUUUUCUAAAGAUGUUGCAGUGCAAGGAUCGCCUUUGGAUAAACUGGAAGAUAGCAACAGAAAAAAAGCAAAUGACAUCUUUAUUUCUCGGUACACCAUGGGACAGAAGGAUGCUCUAAGAGCAGUUUUAAAGCAAAAAGCUCAAAACAUGCCUGUUUUUAAGGAAGUAAAGGUACAGCUUUUAGAAGAUGCAGGCCCAGAAAAGGACGCUGCUACUCAGGAGACGAGAAUUUCACCCAGUGGAGUUGAUUCAGCUACAACUGUGGCCGCAGCAACUGCAGCUGCCAUUGCUACGGCAGCCCCGCUGAUAAAAGUGCAGAGUGAUUUGGAAGCAAAAGUCAAUUCUGUUACAGAAUUACUCAAUAAGUUACAGGAGGCUGAUAAACAGUUACAACGUGUUACAGAGCAGCAAACAAGCAUUCAGAAUAAACAUGAGAAACUACACUGUCAUGAUCAUGAAAAGCAAAUGAAUGUGUUUAUGGAGCAGCACAUUAGGCAUCUUGAAAAAUUACAACAGCAACAAAUAGAUAUUCAGACUCAUUUCAUUAGUGCUGCGCUCAAGACCAGUGGUUUUCAGCCUGUUCCUCCACCCCCUUCUAGAGUGAUGGAAAAGUAUUCUGUAAAACCAGACUUCCCUAAUCUUGGUAGCAGUAAUUUAUCUUCACAGAACACAUUUGCUUCCAAACAAGCACCUUCUAGAGAGGUUGAAGAUACGGGUUUUGAUAAACAGAAAUCUCCAUUGGAGACACCAGCACCUCGCAGGUUUGCUCCUAUACCUGUUUCAAAGGAUGAUAAAAUAUCAAAGAGGGAAAAUCCUAAAGAAGAAAAAGAAAAUAUGGAGAUGUCAGGUCAUACAGGAAAUGUAAGACUAUUGGAACAGAUUUUGAAUAACCAUGAAUCUUUGACAAGAAAAAGUGAAUCUUCAGAUAAAACCUUACUAGGUUGGUCAAAAGUAGGAUGGAAUCCUGAGGAGAGAGACAGCAUUGACACUUUAUCCUCUCAAAGAUUUCCUUCCUGUGAAGAACUAGGAGCAGCUAAACUUACUGUACAGAGAUCUGAUGAUUUUCUUAAUGACCCUGGACAAAAGAGGAAAGAAACAAAUGGCAUACUCCAGCCAAAAGAAUCUCUGAUUAUGUCAAGGCUUGCUGAUCUUCCGCAGAAUUCCAUUAAGCUUCAAACAACCGAUAAAAGAUCCAUCUUAAAAGACGCUGAGAAGAUUUUGAGAGGAGUACAAAACAAUAAAAAAGUCCUUGAAGAAAACCUGGAAGCUAUUAUUCGUGCAAAAGAUGGAGCUGCCAUGUAUUCGUUUAUCAGUGCUCUGUCUACUAACAGAGAGAUGUCAGAGAAGAUCCGGAUCAGAAAGACAGUGGAUGAGUGGAUUAAAACUAUUUCUGCAGAAAUUCAGGAUGAACUGGCAAGAAAAGAUUACGAACAAAAGAGAUUUGAUCAAAAGAAUCAAAGGACCAAGAAAGCUCAGAAUAUGAGUAAAGAUAUUAAAACUAACAUGCAAGACAAAACAGUCAACAAUUCAGUAAUUCAAAGAAAACAUUCUCAAAAACAAAAAGAGGAGCAUUUUAGAAAUCCCCCCAUGAGAAGCAUGCCUACUUCAAACCUACAGAAAGAGAGAAAAGAAGGAUUUUUAAAAGCAACCACAGCGGUACAAGACGAGGAUUAUUUGUUACAAAUUUAUGGAAAACCAAUUUAUCAAGGCCAUCGCAGCACUCUUAAAAAAGGACCAUAUCUCCGAUUUAAUUCUCCAUCUCCUAAGUCUAAACCACAGAGACCAAAAGUAAUAGAACGAGUUAAAGGCACUAAAGUCAAGUCAAUAAGGACACAAACUGACUUUUAUGCCACGAAAGCUGUGAAAAGGGAUUCCAAACCAUCACAUUCUGUGACUGCUGCUCUGCCGGCCGGUGAUCAGCAGUACUUGUUCAGCCCAAGCAGAGAAAUGCCUACCCUCUCAGGUACACUGGAAGGUCAUCUGAUUCCUAUGGCCAUUCUUUUAGGACAAACCCAAAGUAAUAGUGAUUCCAUGCCACCCGCUGGAGUAAUUGUGAACAAGCCACACCCUGUAACAGUGACUACUUCUAUUCCUCCAUCAUCUCGAAAAAUGGAAACUGGAAUAAAGAAACCUAACGUCGCAAUUAUAGAAAUGAAGUCGGAAAAAAAGGAUCCUCCUCAGCUUACUGUACAGACCCCAGAACUUACAAAGGUAGAUGAAGAAGAGGUGAAGUUUCCAGGAACGAACUUUGAUGAAGUAAUCGAUAUCAUACAGGAAGAGGAAAAACGUGAUGAAAUUCCAGAAUACUCUGAACCAAUUCUGGAGUUUAACAGAAGUGUUAAAGUUGUUUCUACAAAAUAUAAUGGUCCUCCAUUUCCGCCAGUUGCUUCUACACUUCAGCCCACUACUGAUGUUCUGGAUAAAGUAAUUCAGAGAAAAGAAACAUUGGAAAAUAGCUUAAUUCAGUGGGUAGAACAAGAAAUAAUGUCAAGAAUUAUCUCUGGGCUCUUUCCAAUCCAACAACAAGCCAUACCCAAUGUCAGCGCUUCAGUCAGUGAGGCAAGUGAACCAUUGACUUCUGGCAUCGUGGAAGGAACAAGCAAUGGUGCCCUCCAGCUUUUUGUUGAUGCUGGGGUUCCUGUGAAUUCAGACAUGAUUAGCCAUUUUGUGAAUGAGGCUCUUGCUGAGACCAUUGCUAUCAUGCUGGGUGACAGAGAAGCCAAGAAGCAAGGUCCUGUGGCUACAAGUGUUUCUGGGGAUGUUUCAGCAAGCAACACAUACUUGCCGGCAAGAGUAUGUACCCCAGUGGCUACCCCACAGCCAACUCCUCCUCUCUCACCUUCAUCACCUCCUAAGGAGCAUGUGUUAGUAAAAACUCCAGAUUCUUCUCCCUGUGGUUCAGAUCAUGAUUUAGCUAUUCCUGCGAAAGAAAUAUUUCCUGAACAAGGAAAUGAUACACCUGCCAUCACACUUGUUAAUACUCCAGCGGUUACCCCUGCUACUACACCCCCUCCCGCAGCAGCUUUUUCCCCAACUUUGUCAGAGAUUUCCAUGGGUAAAUUGAAGCUCUCCAGCCCAGAGCUUCCUGAGCCAUGGAGCGAUGGAGACCUGCCACUGGAAGAAGAGAAUCCUAACUCUCUUCGAGAAGAACUUCACCCGAGAGCUAUUGUAAUGUCUGUGGCCAAGGAAGAGGAACCUGAGAGUGUGGAUUUCCCUGCUCAGCCUGCACCUCCAGAACCUCCAAUUCCGUUUACGCCACUUCCAACUGGCACCAAGGCCCCUUCCCCCACACAGAUGCCGGGUUCCGAUUCAUCAACAACGGAGAGCACCUUGAGUGUUACCGUCACUGAAACUGAGACUUUAGAUAGACCCAUCUCUGAAGGAGAGAUUUUAUUCAACUGUGGUCGAAGAGUGGCUCCCAAGAUUUUAGGAGAUGAGGGACUGUAUCUGAUGAAUCUAAAUGAUAGCUUAUCCAGUACUCUGCAUGAUGCCCUUGAAAUGGAAGAUGAUCCUCCCAGCGAAGGACAAGUGAUUAGGAUGCCCCAUAAAAAAAUUCAUGCAGAUGCAAUUCUUUCUCUUCUUGCUAAACAAAACCAGGACUCCUUGGUUUCACAGCAAGCAGUCUAUUAUUCAGAGGACUUGGAAAACAGUGCAGGUGAACUUAGCGAAGGACAAAGACCCAGGCUGACAGCAGCAGCAGAGAGCAUCUUACUGGGACAUUCUGUCUCUAUGCAGCCAUCUGCCACUAAUGCAGAGGCUUUGGAUCAAAAAUGUGGUCCUAAGCCAUUAUCUCAGCAAUUUGACACAGUUACAGGUGGUGGUUAUGAAGAUUCAUGUGCUAGUCCUGGUCCAAUGAGUUUGGGAGAAUUGGAGUUGCAGCCAAAUUCUAACCCUGCCCUUCCCACAACACUUCUGACAGCACAGGAAAAUGAUGUUAAAUUAUCAGGAGCUGCUGAAGAUAUUCAUCAGUACCAACAAAAGCAUGACCAAGAUAUUAAGCAAGUUGAACAUAAGCCAGCACAAAGUCAUUUAAUACACGUAAGAAAUAAAUCUGAUACUUCACUGUCACAGCAACAAGAGAAUAGAAGAGUCAGAGUGCCAAAAUCAUCCCCUAGGGCUCUCAGGACUUUGGGUGACCUUGAAGGAAUUCAAUCCUCUCUCUCAUACGGAGGCCUUGAAGAUAACGAAGGAAAUUCGCCUUAUCACAAGGGCAUCAAAACCAUGUCUUUCUGACAGAUAAAUGCUUCUAAGAAUACUUGAACCCCAAAUUAUGACUGUUUCAGGGACAAGUAUUAUGUAUUUCACUUUGAAAUGUGUAGCAGUUUAAUAUGUGUAUAUAAAGAAUCAAGAAGCUUACUAGCAGUAGCAGCUCUUUCAAUGAUCAUUAAAAACUGACCGAAGAUUUGGUAGAACAUGGGUUCUAGCACCGUGCUUCUAAGAAAUCUGUAACAUCCUUGUUUUUUCUCCCCCUUCGAUUAUGACUUUCAGCUUUUGAUAUAAAAGAGAGAAAUUAAAUUGAUCUGACAGAUGACUAUCUUUGAAAUGUAAGAGUGAAACUUUUUCAUUUGGUAUUGAAUUCAUUUGGUAUAUUUUCAGCCACAUAAUACCACUUAUCUGAUUCUACGUCCUGAUUAAUGGUUUUAUAGUGAAAGCAACCAUUUAAGUGAUUUUAAUGAGUCAUUUAAUUUUUUUUUUCCUUUUUACUAUGUAAGUUAACUUUUACUGCAUCUUUUACUGUGCAAGUUAACUUUCCUCCAUUUAAUGAGAGACUAGUUUUAAAUCCGCUUAUUUGUUAUAAGCCCAGGAACGAUUUAAUUCUUUAAAGUAAUGUAUUAAAGUAGUUCACUUUAUUUUUUUAUUUUUUACAUUCUGUCAGUAUCUUUUUAUUUUCUAUUGGUAUAGUUGACACACAGUGUUACAUUAGUUUUCUGGGUACAACAUAGUGAUUUGACAAGUUUAUACAUUAUGCUGUGCACAUAAUACCUUCUAUGGCCAUCCAUGUUGUUUCAGAUAGCACAAUCUUAUCCCUUUUUAUGAUUGUGUAUAUUCCUGUUGGGUGUGUAUCUGUGUGUGUGCACCUGCGUAUCAUAUCUUUCUUAUCCAUUUAUCUAUCGAUGGACACUUAAGUUGCUUCU